AAAUAGCCCUUUGCCUCUGGAUGAUAAGGGACAGCUGGCCCAGACGGACAAAGGCAGUGCUAGCCAUGUCGGAGCGCCAGGUGCCCUUCACCUUCCUCCGCAGCCCAAGCUGGGACCCCUUUCGGGACUGGUACCGGGGUGGGCGCCUCUUCGACCAGGCCUUCGGGAUGCCCAUGGUCCCCGAGGACUGGCACAAGUGGCCCCUGGGCGGCACCAGCGGGUGGCCCGGCUACAUCCGGCCUAUGCUCCCCAGUCCAGAGCCGGCCACUCCGGCAAGUGUGGGCCCUCCGGGGGCCCAUCCGGCCUACACUCGGGCCCUCAGCCGGCAACUCAGCAGCGGUGUCUCCGAGAUCCGGCAGACCCCUGAGGGGUGGAAGGUGGCCCUCGACGUCAACCACUUCGCCCCUGAGGAGCUGCUGGUCAAGACCAAGGAUGGUGUGGUGGAGAUCACUGGCAAACAUGAAGAACGACAAGAUGAGCAUGGAUUUAUUUCCAGAUGUUUCACCAGAAAAUACACGCUUCCCCUGGGUGUUGACCCCACGGCUGUCCGUUCUUCUCUCUCCCCGGAGGGCCUUCUGACGGUGGAGGCCCCGCUGCCCAAGCCGGCCUUGCAAUCCGCCGAGAUCAAGAUCCCGGUCACCUUCGAGGCCCACGCACAGAUCCCGCCGUCCGAGGCCAAGAAGCCCGCGGAAGGAGCCGCCAAAUAAGGCCCAAGUGUCUCCCUUUUUCCUAAAAAUCAAGACAUGUCUGAUUCGACGUGCGCCAAUAAAUUGUUUUUAAACCUG